CUUUUAUCUUGGCUAUGGUUUGCACAACAAUUGAGCACUUGGAAUAUCUGACCAGACUAUCCAGUCAGUUUCACUGAAACUCCUGUCGAUUAUAGCACACAGGUCCCAUCAAUUCUACGCCUAGGAAGGGUUACGGGUUGCACCCUCCGCUCCCAAUUCAAAACCCGACCACGAUCACCACCACCAUGGCUGACGUCCGCGCUCUUCUUCGACAGCAGCGCGCUGCCCGCCGGAUAGAGCACCCUCACGCCUCGUACUCGGACACCGGCAAGCUUAUCUGUACCGUAUGUAACGACCACAUCAAGACCGAAUCUCUCUGGGACGGACACCUGCGCAGCGCCGGCCACCGACAACGACUACAAACCCUCCAUCAGGCCUCAGCAAAGAAAACAAGCAAUGGCUAUGCCGGCUUUGUGGGUCAAGGCUCGGAGAUUCAAGGCUCGGCUGCCCCGGCCAGCAAGCGCAAGCUCGCCGACUCAGACGACGACAUGGUCGGUGAAGACGAAGCAUCGCGCAGGAAACGCACAAGACCCGGCUCUCCGCCUGGGGGCAAACCGUUGCAUGAAGCCGAAACACCUGCCAAGAAAGACAACAAUGGCAAAGCAGACAAGCCCAUAACACCGCCACUCCACCGCCGAACAUCAGGCGCCCCCAGCGCCGGCGUUGAGAUGCAGAUCCCGUCUCGCCCUGCAACACCCAGUGCCAGUGGCACACCGCUAGCCACGACGCCCAAAGCGCCACCAAUCGGUCGGUCGCCGUUGAUACCAGAGGAGACGACAGCGGCGCAACAAGAGAGCGUCCCUGGCGCCCAAGAAGCACAAGGCGGGGCCGCGGGGACCACGGCGGCAGCGGCAGCGGCACCCGUUGACGAAGAUAUGUGGGCGGCGUUUGAGGCAGACCUGAUUCAUGGCUCGGGAACAAAGGCCAGCACGAAGCCUCCAGCUGCCGCCGCCGCAGCUGGACUGGACGACGACGCGGUCAUUUCCGCGCCGGCCAUGAGCGCCGCGGAGGUAGCCGCCAAAUCGGAAGAGGAAGAGCGCACAAGACGGCGAGCAUUAGUGGAUAUCCAGAUUGAAGACGAAAAGGAAGAGGCCACCCGCGCUCUUGAAAACGAGUUCGAGGUGAUGGAGGAGCUGGAGGCAAGGGCGCGAAAGUUGAGGGAGCGGAGAGAGGCGCUCAGGGCGCAGAGUAACGGCGGUGCUGUGCCGACGGUAGCUGCAACCAAUGGCGACUCUAAAGGCAGUCCUCCGGGGAAGGAGAAUGCCGCAAUGGGAGACGAGGAAGACGAAGAGAACGAAGAUGAAGAGGACGACGAGGACGACUGGGAUGGUUUCAGGUUCCGCUCAUAGUGGCAUCCCGCACCGCUGAAGGCUUUCCGGUCAUUGUUUGACUUUAGAUGUGUAUAUUAUGGUAUGUACGUCCUUCUAAUAUGGCAGGGUGCCCUAAGUGGCCAAUCAUGCCGUCGUCACAUAGCAUCACAUGUUGCUCGCUGAACUCCCGCAGAAAAACUGUACAAAACCAAAGAAACGAUCCUCGUCCCCCCCC